CGGCGGCGGCGGCGGCAGCAGCAUGGCGACGGGGGAGGCAGAGGCGGCGGCGGCUCUGGUGCAGGUCGACUCAGCCCGGCAGUUUGAGGAGCUUCUGCGCCUCAAAGCCAAGUCCCUCCUCGUGGUGCAUUUCUGGGCGCCAUGGGCCCCGCAGUGCGCCCCGAUGAACGAGGUGAUGGCAGAGUUGGCCAAAGAGCACCCCCAGGUCUCCUUUGUGAAGCUGGAAGCUGAAGCUGUUCCUGAAGUAUCUGAAAAGUAUGAAAUUAGCUCAGUUCCCACUUUUCUGUUUUUCAAGAAUUCUCAGAGGAUUGACCGAUUAGAUGGUGCACACGCCCCCGAGUUGACCAAAAAAGUUCAGCGACAUGCGUCCAGCAGUGCCUUUGCACCCAGCACCAAGGAGCCCCCGGAGGAAGCUCUCAACCUCCGACUGAAGAAGCUAAUCAACGCCGCCCCCUGCAUGUUGUUCAUGAAAGGAACCCCCCAGGAGCCACGCUGUGGUUUCAGCAAACAGAUGGUGGAAAUUCUUAACAAACAUAAUAUCCAAUUUAGCAGUUUCGAUGUAUUCUCAGAUGAAGAGGUUCGUCAGGAGCUCAAAACCUAUUCCAAUUGGCCCACCUACCCUCAGCUCUAUGUUUCUGGAGAGCUCAUUGGAGGGCUUGACAUAAUUAAGGAGCUGGAAGCAUCUGAAGAACUAGACACAAUUUGCCCCAAAGCUCCCAAAUUAGAGGAAAGGCUCAAAGUGCUGACGAACAAGGCUGCUGUGAUGCUCUUCAUGAAGGGAAGCAGGCAGGAAGCAAAAUGUGGAUUCAGCAAACAGAUUCUGGAAAUACUGAACAGUACUGAUGUUGAAUACGAAACCUUUGAUAUAUUGGAGGAUGAAGAAGUGCGGCAAGGGUUGAAAUCAUACUCCAAUUGGCCGACGUACCCUCAGCUGUAUGUGAAGGGAGAGCUCAUUGGAGGGCUGGAUAUUGUGAAGGAACUGAAGGAAAAUGGUGAAUUGCUAUCUAUACUGAGAGGAGAAAAUUAAUAGACAUGGAGCUUGGUGCCCA